AUGUCGCUCACUAUCCCCACCAGCCCCGCCACCGCUGACGGGCAGUACCAGUCUCGCCCUGCCGAGUACACGGCUGCUGUCGAGAAGGCUUUGGCCAUGUUCAAGGAGCACAUGGCCGAGGAGUCGGCGUGGGAGGAUCUGCCCGAGAAGGAGGACGUUAAGCUCGCUCGCAAGGCUACCAGCGAUGAUCCCUACGACAUCCCGCUCGUCAAGGGCGUCACGACCGUUGAGAAUGCUACGCCGUCUGAGGUCUUGGCUACCAUUCAGCUCCCAGGUCUACGAAAGAAAUGGGACUCCCGCUUCGACGAAGGCCACGCCAUCUCGCGCUACUCUCCUAACUCGUACGAAUUCUACUCGGUCAUGAAGUCGCCCUCGUACUUCAUCUGGGCGCGCGACAUUGUUGGCGUGCAGGAGAACUUCUACCACAACGGAGGCGAUGAGAUCAUCGUCAUCCAGACGUCCGUCGACGACGAGGACAACCUGCCUGACGCGGGCUCCUACCAGAAGAGCAGGACGCGCGCUACGGUCGACGUUUCAGGAUGGAGGAUCACCAAGAAGGGCAGCGACGUCGAGCUCACGUACGUAGUCAAGGUGCACCUCAAUGGCUCCAUCCCUACGAGCGUGGUCAGCAUGAUCGCCACAGAGACGCCUAUGUGCUGCGGAAAGGUGCGAGACGUCCACUACACCGUCGGCUUCCACCCUUACGAGCUCAACACGAGCAACGGCGGGACCAUGGACAGCAAGACGGUCAACAUUACGCAGAGCUUUGACAGCGACAAUGAUGUCAACGAAUGGAGGAGCUCCUACACCGGUGUGCAGGCUGACAGCUUCCAGAUUGCGUACGAUGGUAAGAGGAUGUACAGUGGCGGUUGCAAGGUUGAGGUUGAGGGCGAGGCGGCAGGUGACGUGGAGACCAAGGUUGAUGAGGAAAAGCACAUCAUCAAUGUCGAGGUCAAGGAGGGAGCAAAGGGAAAGCAGUUCGAGAUGUGA